CUGCGCGGUGCCGCUUGGCGCAGGCCAGCCCGGAGGAGCAGACUCCUGCGGGAGCGGUCCCCCCGCGGGGCCGGGCCGGGCCGGGCUUGCUCGGGCAGAGCCGGCGGGCGGGGACAGCGCGGGCCGCGCCCCCAGCCGCGGCGCCGGGCGCCUGGAGCCGGCGGGAUGGGCCGGGCGCGGGCAGCUCAUCUCCUGCCAGGGAAUGCCUGAGAUGCUGAGCACAAUUCACUGCAUUGCCAGAGCUGCUUUCAUAUGCAAUACCAUGGGGAAACUGCAGAGUAAGAUCAACCACAGCACCUCCAAAUACAGGGCUGGUGGUUACAUGGAAGAGAACAGUCCUGUUAAAGCUAUUCAGCAAUACAGCCCUGCUCACACUGAUGCGGUUACUUCUGUGGCUGCUCUGAAAUCAGAUCUGUGUGUGUCAGGAGGAAAGGAUAAGACUGUCGUCAUAUACAACUGGAGAUCAGGAGCUGUGUUGAAGAGGUUCCUUGGACAUGAACGUGAGGUGACCAAGGUUGCCUGUGUCUUUGAAUCAAACAGAUUCUUCAGUGCAUCCCGUGACAAGACAGUCAUGAUGUGGGAAUUGUCUGGGAACUCAGGGCCAAGCCAACACUUCCCAGGACAUGACUUGGUUGUAACUGGACUAGUUGUGAGCCCAGAUGCUUCACAGCUAUGCACAGGCUCCCGAGAUAACACCAUUUGCAAAUGGGACAUAGAGACCGGGGAGUGCCUGUGCAGAACUGCCAUCUCCAGGAAUCUGGUAACACACCUGUGCUGGGUUCCUAGAGAACCUUACUUCAUCCAGACAUCAGAGGAUAAAUUGAUAAGAAUGUGGGAUAGUCGGAAACUGCAGGUGGCACACACCUUCCCUGGAAAGCAGCAUAUUCAGACCUACUGUGAUGUGAGCCAAGACGGGCAAUACUGCAUCAGCAGCAGUAAUGGCUUUGCUGGGGAGGGUUGUGAAGCAACGCUCUGGGACCUUCGACAGACUAAAAACCGAGUAUGUGAAUACAAGGGGCAUUUCCAAACCAUUGCAUCAUGCAUCUUCCUUCCAAAGGGUCUGGGUCUGACCCCAGUCAUUGCUACUUCCUCACAUGACUGCAUGGUGAAGAUCUGGAACCAGGAUACUGCAGCCUGCCUGACCACCUUGUGCCUUGAAGGAUCUGGACCCCUGGCUUCCCUGGCAGUCUGCGACAGUUCUACUCUCCUCUGUGCCAGCUUUAACUCAGGAAUUCACUUACUCAGAAUAAAUAACGCAAAGGACCUGGAACUCCAAGAAGUGGCCAAAUUCUGAUUUGCAGAGACCUUCCCUGAAGAAGGCUAUGUGGCAGGUCAAAGGCUGGAGACUCCUGCCUGCUUAAGAAGGGUUCUGAGUCACUUCCAAGAUUUACUGAUCAGUCACCUGUAAGGGGACUUCAUUAAUUCAGCCCCCAGCAGCGAUGAUGUAAAUCAAAUGCAGAAGUGGCAGGACUGGUCAGGUUCAGUUUCUGAGGUGACAAUUGCUACAUUUUUAAAGCCAAACUGUAGAUGCAUUUAGGCCAAUUUUUAAGUUUAAAAGAGUUUGACUUGCACAAAUUACAAGAAAACUACUUGUAAGUCUUGUAAGGUUAGGGAACAAGACACAUAAGCUAAGACUGUACUAAAAUAAGCUAACUACCUAUGUGGAACUCUGUUCCUUAGAAGGAAUUUGGCUUUGCCCUCUAUGGUGGUAUGGACUUGAUAUCAUGUGGAGACACCACUCCUAGCUUCAUCCAAUUCCUUCGUUCAUUUUCCUUUUCUAAGAAAUGUACAUAAGGGAUUACAUGAAUUCAGUCAGUUAGAUAGAAGGAGAAACUACAGUAACGUCUCUCUUACCUAAUUGGUUUUAAAUCAGCAUCUCCAUUCUGUACCCCAGGGGCCACACUAGCUUGGAGUCUGGCUCACUACACAAUACCUUGAAAGAGUAGAGACUCUGGGGUAUGAAUACUGUGUACCAUACUGACCCUUUGAGGGACAAAAGGACUAUUCUGUUACUCUCAGGUUAGAAGCAGAGUGCUGUGCAAUGAAGCGGCAAAGCUCUCUGUAUAAACCUGGAAACCACCUUUUAGGCUUCAGGAUUUGGAAUGAACUUCUUGUUUCUGGAGGUAUCAGUGACUGACUAAAUGAAUGAACAAUGCAGCAUUGAGAAGUGCCAAGGCACUGGGUUAGGAAAGUUCAACCCAUUUUUUAUUGAUCAUAUUCAUUGUACUGUUUAGUGCAGCUAAAGAUGGUGCCACAGAAACCUUAGGCUUGAGGAGAAUACUUGUGUUGUAUGAGCUCGGUGUUAUAAGUGUGGCCUCCCUCAGUAGGGAAGAGAAAUCUUUGGUGACAGGGACUUCAUCCUCUUUCAUGGCAUGAGGGUCACCCUAUAAGAAAAGGUUUCAGAGAGACCCAUACCUUCCAGGUAACAGGGAUUUGCAGAAAGAGGGCUGUCCAGUGAUUACCAGGCUUGCCAGGUACAAGGCAGCCCUUUUUUCCUAUAUGAUACCGAACACCAGAGCCUGACCGUUUUCCCAGUAUAAUGACAACCAGCUCUCAGAAGUGCUUAUGCUGUCCUUUUCCUGGUGGCUUAUUCCUGGUGGAUUAAAGUGAGGUUCAGAAUAUUCUCUGGAAAGGAGAACUUAGGCAAAUGUUCUGUCAUACAGAAGUAGGGCUGGGAGGGACCUCCAGAGGUCACCUAAUCCAUCCCCCUGCCUGAGGCAGGAUCACCCCUGUCCAAACCAUCCCAUACAAACCAUAAUCUAAACUCUACAUAAGACUACCCUCAACCCUGAUGCAACAUAGACUUAGCAUCCUAACCUGCCACAGGUAAAGCAGGGGAACCAUGGCAGCCAAUGUCCUGCUGCUAUAAAAUAUACCCAAUAUACUCUCAAGAGAUCCUGGGCAGAAGGCCAUCCCCCCUGCUAUAGACGAAGGCAAAAUCCCCCACAAUCCAUACCAACCUGACCAUGGGUUCAAUUCCUUCCUGACCCCAAAGAUGGCGAUCGGGCUGACUCUGAGCAUACAGUCACUGAAAUCGCUAGGGGGUUUCUCCAUUGUGGCUGCUGCUGCCUCACAUGCAGAUGACGCUAGGUAGUCAACUGGAAUAGAUGCAAAGUCUCUGUGUUCACUAACAACAGAAAGAUCCUUUGUCUGCUACAGCUCCUGCCAUGUUCCUGCCUGACAUGGCUGCCAACUAGCUAUGAAACUAUGGUUAGUGAUACCACCCAUGUGGGGUGAGACUGUGAACUGUGGUCACUUGGCCAAAAAAGGCUAACUAUAGUGGCUGAUGACAGGAGAAGGUCUUCCUUCUUUGUGGCAUUGGAGGAGGGUACAUACCAAAUCAUGCCACUUUCUGUGCGCUCCUGAGCCCUUGCAUCCUCCAUCCUGAAUAAUCCCUUAGAGAUGUCCCACCUCCGUAUAACCACUUUGUUGGUUUUGUGCCUAGAGGCUCAGUUCUCCAAACAGUUUUGAGCAAGCUUCCAAGAAACCUGGGCUCUCUUAUGCGAUGGGCAGCCUAACUACAGGGGUUGCCACUAGCUUCCUCCCCUUUCAUGACUCCCAGGCCUGGUACCUAAGUAACUUGAUGCUUGUGGCCAAGUCUCUGAGCAUUGUGCUCUGCAGUGGUCUAAUGCAAUGGGCAUUUCUUUGGCUCACUCCAAGGUAGCUGCUGUUAUUAGGUAGAGCUGCUGGCUCUGCUUUGGAUUUAGGGCACUUUUCACGUGAGAUUAUACUUGAGCCAAUCUUUUUUUUUUAAUUUCCUGUGAUGAAAAUAGGUGCUUUGUUCAUAACGGUUUUGUAUGUGUAUUUACAAAUAAUGUGAGAGCAUGUCUGUCAUCCAUGAAAUCUGUCCAUGGCACUUUUUCUCCUCUCUCUGGUACAAAUCUGAGUUAAAAUACUCAUGCACUUCUGUCUCAGUAACAAUUUGACAUCUUUUCACUUACAGCACAACUAAAGAGCCUUUUUGAAGGGUACCUCUGACCUGUGUAAAACUAUACACCCCCUGGUUCUUUGUGAACAGCCAGAUGAUACGCCAGGCACGUGCUUCAUUUAAGGUUUGCUGGCAGUGCCGCUGGGACUGGGACCCUGUGUCUAGUGUGUCUAAUAACCUUAAGAAUCCUAUCAAUACGUCUGCAAGCUGACAGUGAUGCAGCAGGGCGGUGUAGAGGAAACAACCCUCAUAUUUAACAUGUGGCAACCCUGCACUGUUUUGGAAGCUGGGGUGUGAUCUGGAGGAGGUGUUUGUUAUUGGGAUGGACAGUGAAGUGUUUCUGGCUUGUAGUGCAGAAAGGCCAUAUUGGAGACCUAAUGUUUGAGGGGCCAAUUUCUCUACACAUUAAUCUGGGAAAAACCAGCACUUCCUUCUGUGUGGUGCAGAGUGGGCAGUGGUUAGCCAAAGCAAAGAUGAAACUGAAAAGAAAAGCUCCUCAGAAGUCAGCCUGUUGGGUACAACUCAGUGGGAUUUGGGCUUCUCACAUCACUGCUAAUACCCUACAUGAUGCACUUUAUUCACCAGCCACCCCCAGAUUCAGUCUCUAUUUAGUGGAAGCUAACACUGGCUACCUGAGAUGGAGGGUACAGGCACCUCAUACAAAUGCUGCCAUCUGCACUACUCUACUUUUGACAGGUUAGAGUCUGCAUCACGACCAUAACAUUUCAGCCAAAUGUUUCUCCAAUAAUCUGUACUUUCAGAAAAGGUUUGUAAUAAUAGUUGCUCUUACUGGCCCUUCAAAUGCUCUCCCUUCUUCCCCGAUGUUCCUUGCGAGGGUUUGUAUCGGCCUUCUUGCAAUUACAAUGUUCUGUGAUCGCCUCGGCCACCACCUCCUCCGCACCCAACUACAUAUCUCCCACCUGCCUUGCACCCCUCCUGGGCAAUGACCUUUGAAACAGUCCUGAUGGAUGUUAACACUUUUCUUGGUUCUUUCCUCUCUCUCGGUUUAUCCCAUCAAGUUUCCUUUCAUCCUUCCUGCCCAGAGUAUCACUCUACUGAAACUCAAUACUUUUCCCUGUGGUGUUACCUCUUCUUUCUGUAACAUCCUACAACAGGCAGAUUUACAGCAGGAGAAAAUUGGGGCUACAGAGCAGGAACUUGCAGGGUCAGAGACAUUUUCUUCUGUGCCACCUUUUUGGACUCCAACCCAAUAGCUACACCGAGUUCACAAGUAGCUGCCUGUGCUUAGUGCCUCUUUCUUGGUCUGACAAGGUUCUUUGGGUGAAUCUGAUAUCUUUUAUUAGACCAACUUAAAUAGUUGGAAAACAAUUAUUAAGCAAGCUUUCGGGUUCAAAAACCCUUGGUCAGGUUAAGGAAGUUUCUGCAGGCGGUGUGUGCUCUUCCUGGAUGGAAUGAAAAGUAAAGAAGCCAGCGGCUGGGCUGAUCUGCAUACAAGACAGGCAGUCAGUGAAGAUGUGGAUUGAGGAGUCAAUGGGUGAGAGAUGGGGUGGGGUGGUAUGAAUAGUGGUCUUUUAUAUCUCCUUUGCUUUGGCAUCUGCUUCUCUUUGAAUUAGAUACAAGGGAACAUACGAUGGGUGGCCAGAAGGACAUGUUCUGUCCAGUCAUGCACUUGUCUGAAAUCUGUUUAUAUGCUCUGAAUUACUAUGUAUGUUCCACUCAGGUUUAAACUGUCCCCUUCAUUUGGUGUAGUUCUUAGGGAUGCUGUAGAUGUACUACUAAAACCUGUUCUGACACUGGUUUGUAAAAGGAAAAAACUAGCAUACUUGGUCUCUGUCUUUCUCUAGAUGACUUUAGGGGCAUAGUGACACAUUCACUUGCAACAGUUGCAAAUCAUUGGAAUGCUGUGAUGUAUUAAACUUAUUAUGUUAGAUAAUCUUCGCCUGAAAUGCCAUGAUGGUACUUGACACGUACUAAACUGCUUAAACAUUCAUUUGCUUGCAUUCUAACUGCACUUAGUAAGUAUUAAGUUGAACAUGUAACACCCCCCUAGUAGAAUAUUUCACUGUGUGGUUUCUUGUGAUGCUCAUUUACAUUGCAGUAACAGGUGGUGGGACUCAGAUGUGGUGCCUGUUAAUCUCCUUUGAACCAAUUUAGUUGUUGACUUGUCUGAAUGUAACUUACUGAAAGGAUCAAGUGGCACUUUUUUGUACUGCAAAUACAACUGGAAUGUAUUUUAUAGAUGACCUAGUUUAUGGCCCACAUUAUAUUCCUAGGCUGGAGCAAAUAAAAUUGAGCACACAA